AUGGGUGAAGCCGCCAGCUACUACAACCCCGGCGCUGGCACCGGUCAGCCGCCAGGGGAUGCCAACUACCAGCACCAGCCCCAGCCCCAGCACCAGCCCCAGCAGCACCAGCAGCAGCAGUAUGUGCCUCAGGACGCUGCAUAUGGCGAGCUAAACGAGAAGCAGACAUUUGAGCAGGCCUUCAAGGUCGAGAAGCCCAAGUGGAACGAUCUAUGGGCUGGUAUUCUGUUCCUCCUCUUCUGCGGUGGCUUCGUCGCUGUGUCGGCCAUCGCGCUUCGUGGAUAUGCAACAACGAGAGAUAUCCAAGGCGGAGGCAUCUAUAGCGGGACAAAUAACUUCACCCUCAAUACUGGAACGCUCAUCCUCUUCCUCUUCGUUCUGGUCGUCGCCGUCGUGCUCGGAUACAGCUAUGUCUGGCUCGCGCGCCUCUUCCCCAAGCAGUUCAUCUGGGUGACAGGCAUCCUUAACAUCUGCUGGGCUAUCGGCACCGCUAUCUUCUACCUGUAUCGCCGCUACUGGACUGCCGGUAUUGUCUUCCUCAUCUUCGGCAUCUUUCUCGCUUUCUGCUUCUGGACCUGGAUCAGCCGCAUCCCCUUCUCCGCCCUCAUGCUCAGGACCGCCGUCGAUGUCAGCAAGAAGUAUGGCCAUGUCUACCUCGUCAGUCUGGUGGGAGGGCUGAUAGCCACCGCCCUGGGUGCCUAUUAUUCUAUUACCCUGGUCGCUAUCCACGACAGGUUCCAGCCUGCCAGCAAUAACCGUGCCUGUAACGGUGGCAGCUGCAGCCAUGCCAAAGUCAUCGGGCUCAUCGCCUUUGUUACCUUUGCAAUGUACUGGAUCUCCGAGUGGCUCAAAAACACGAUCCACACCACCAUCGCAGGCGUCUACGGCUCCUGGUACUUCUUCCCACACAGUUUGCCCAGAGGUGCCACUCGCGGCGCCAGCCAGAGAGCCUUGACUACCAGCUUCGGUUCCAUCUGCUUUGGCAGCUUGAUUCUCGCCAUUAUACAGUUCCUGAGACAUCUCUGCUCCAUUGCCAGGAACCAGUCCAUGCAGGAAGGUGGAAUUGGGGGAGCCAUUGGUUACGCCGUCUUCUGUAUCCUAGGUUGUCUUAUCGGGCUCUUGGAGUGGCUUGCGCAGUUCUUCAACCGCUAUGCCUUCUGCCACAUCGCUCUGUAUGGCAAGGCCUACAUCCCCGCGGCCAAAGAUACCUGGAAGAUGAUCAAGGACCGUGGCUUCGACGCCCUGAUCAAUGACUGCCUGAUCGGGCCCGUCCUCUCCUUCGGCGCACUCUUCAUCGCGUAUGCGUGUGCUCUCCUUGCAUACUUAUAUCUGCUCUUCACCAAUCCCGCUUAUAACACUGACGGGAAAUACACACCCUUUAUUGUUGCCUUCUCUUUCCUCAUCGGAUUCCAGAUUGCAAAUGUCUUCACGACCCCAUUAUCCAGUGGAAUCGACACCAUCUUCGUCGCAGCUGGCUGGAACCCGCAGGUCAUGUACCACGAGCAUCCAGAGCUAUACAACGAGAUGGUCCAAGUCUACCCGCGGGUGCAGCAGAUGAUCAGGCCCUGA